UUGUGGGGAUUGUAGUUCGUUCCACAGUUGAGUGACGCACCCGGAAGUAACGUGGUAAAGAAGAGAGGUCACUUUGCUUCUGUUUGUAUAAUGUUUUGAUUCAGCAACACUGCUGAUAAUUAUGGAAGCAACCAAAGCAGAGGAGCCUUUCCUGAGGCAUGUGGAGACUGAUGUACUCAUCCCCAAGAUGAUGAGGGAGAAAGCCAAGGAGCUCUGUGCUGAAAAGGUUACAGCGUUCAACCACUGUUGUAAAGAGACUGGUUUCCUGAUGGUGUUCAAGUGUCGGGAUCAGAACGCUGCCCUGAAGGAGUGUCUGACCGUACACUACAGAGACUCGGCGUUCUUCGAGGAGUGCAAGCAGGAGUACAUCAAGGAGAAGCUGGAGUACCAGAGGACAGGGGUGGCGGCUAAGAACCGCUCACAAAAACUACCAACCAGCAUGUAGGUUCCAAAUUGACCCCUGACCCCUGAACGUGUUGCUUCCACCUGUCCAAUCCUCUCAGAUCUACGGGAUUGGUUCGGUAGCAGGGGCUAGGGGUCAUGGAGGGUGGCAGGGGGAGUGAGGGCUACUCACGGGGCAUUACAGUGUGUGUAUUGUACAUCUGGUUGGGAUGCUCAUUGCCCCAACGGGAGGAACUAGAUCAACGAAGUGGCAGGAGACAGGAGGUCAUCCUAGGCCCUAAGUGACCUGUGUAACGACUACGCGGCAGGUUGGCAAGGUGUGUCUAAAGGCCUCCGUUCACCUGUAUGUAGGGAAAAGGAAUCUCUUACAGAUACAUGUCCUCAACAGAGUCUCUCUGGUUGAUCUGAUCAAACAGCCAUGAUGGAAAAUCACACUGUCCUCAACAGAGUCUCUCUGGUUGAUCUGAUCAAACAGCCAUGAUGGAAAAUCACACUGUCCUCAACAGAGUCUCUCUGGUUGAUCUGAUCAAACAGCCAUGAUGGAAAAUCACACUGUCCUCAACAGAGUCCCUCUGGUUGAUCUGAUCAAACAGUCAGGAUGGAAAAUCACACUGUCCUCAACAGAGUCUCUCUGGUUGAUCUGAUCAAACAGCCAUGAUGGAAAAUCACACUGUCCUCAACAGAGUCUCUCUGGUUGAUCUGAUCAAACAGCCAUGAUGGAAAAUCACACUGUUUCUCCUAAUUUCAGAAUGAUCCAAUAAUGUUUUGUUGUUGAUGCUGUCUGUCUGCUCUGCAGUUUGUAUAUUUAUGAAGAAUUCUUUGUCAAUGCUUUGGAAACGUUUUCAUGUUGAGUUUGUUAGCAACCAAUACUGUCCAAAGUACAUGAAUAAUAUUCAAGGUGCUGACAUCCCAACAUCCUCCAGUCCAAAGUGAGAUUGAUUCCAAUGAUAUAAGACCUGUCCAAAGUACAUGAAUAGUAUUCAAGGUGUUGACAUCCCAACAUCCUCCAGUCCAAAGUGAGAUUGAUUCCAAUGAUAUAAGACCUGUCCAAAGUACAUGAAUAGUAUUCAAGGUGUUGACAUCCCAACAUCCUCCACUAUGAGAAUGUUCCGGAAGGUUCAUAAUUAUACACAAGAUUGAUACUGCAUAGAGGCUCUAUCCUGUAGUUAGGAUUCACCGGUGAGUUGCUGUAACUACUGGUGUGAUGACCGGUGAAGCAUUAUGGGUAGAGUUGUUAUAAAAAGGUCUGAUUUUUAAUAUAACAUUUGACUUGACAUUGUGUUAAGGUACAUAUAAAUAGUAAAGACAGAUGUUCUA